AGUCAAGUAGCCCCGCUUGAACAAGUACAAACAUGCCCAGCACAUCAGACGGAUCGGGUUGCGUGUACUUUUAGUUAUAAUAACCAUAAUUGUUUACCAUACUACCAAACACACUGUAUCAGAACGGCAGGAGAAAUGUCUCAAGUUUAUUUUGAACACAGGCACUUUGGAUUUAUUUCCCCUGAUUUUCUUCUGUAACCUAAAUUGCUUAACAGAAAAUGAAUUUAGGUCUAUUUGAAUGAAAUGCCGACCUCUGACAUUUUCUACCUCAGCAUGGGCAAGCUUUGGGCUAGCAUCAACACCUCACCUCUGGGCAUGUAAGUGUCAUUCUUAAGCUUUUCUUUGUUUUUGAAAAUUAUGAACCAAGUUGAAAUGAUGAAGGAAGGAUACCUAGAGAAGAGAAGCAACGGACUGCUUCAGCUUUGGAAGAAGAAGCGGUGCCUCAUGACAGAAGACCGACUGCACUUAUUUGACCACAAGCGCAAAAACGGGAGCACCGGCGGCGGCGGCGGCGGCGCAGGGCUAAAAGAGAAGCAGCUGCUCUUUGAAGAUAUGGCCACGGUGGACUGCGUGGAGCACAAGCGCGGUUUUGUUUACUUCACCAUUGUCAUGUCUGGCGGCGAGGAGAUUGAUUUCAGGUGUCAACAAGAAGGCACAGCCUGGAACGCCGAGAUAGCGCUGGCGCUGGUGCGCUUCAAGAACCGCGUCGCUGUCCAGACGGGGAAGAGCCGCUAUCUGUCUGUCAACAGCAGCAGCGAGGAGGAUUUCAUUAGCUCCGGCUCUGGAUAGAGUAGGAGCUAUCACACAGACCAAAUUUGUGUGGUGUUUCUGAACCCACAGACCCAGACUCAGUUGGGUUGACCACUGCCUCCCCCUGGAGUCUCCCACAACGGAUCUGGGAGACGAUCCAGACGCAUACACACACACCACAGAACAGAAGGAGACACAGACAGACAAAGGUGGAGCUGGAGGAAGGACAACGGAAACAGCGCUCGUAAAACUGAGAUGCUUAUUUUACCUUCUGGAUUUGUUUACAGAAGACACUGAAAGAUGCCGUGCACCAUAGGGGACGUCAGGCUGGUUGCCCUGUUCCCCUGUUGCACUUCCCUCUCCAGAGAAAGGACACAUGGGACGUAUGGACAAGAUGCCGUUUGUCACUUAAGUGUGGAGGUGGUUUUAGACUUAUUUCAAGUAGUUACACAAAUGUAUGAAGCAUAUGACAACUGCAUGAUAAGAUAGUGCUUCUAAAUGCAUUCAUGUUAUUUUGAAGAAUAUUACAUAAUGAUGAAGUAAGCAAUAUUUUGGCUGCAAUAAUCUCUUCUACGCAGAGAAGGUAUUGAUUGAUAUUACGCAUAUGAUGUGGCAAUGCAGAUGCUCUGUUUACUUUUGGAAAACACAUUUUCAUGACUUAAGACAUUGCUUUUGAAUGUUGUCAAAGAACCACACAUGGAGUGCACGAUACAUGUGGACUGAAAGCCUUGGACUGUGUGUGUACCAUGCUCACAUUCUUAAGCGAUGACUGUUUCUGUUUGGAAAUUCUGCCAUUUAAGCCCUCCAACUUUUGUG